AUGCCCAGGACUCACCAGUGCAACAAGAAGCCUCCCACACAGAAGUUUCACAAUAAUAACAAGUUCAAUGGUGUGCACUACGGGCAUCAGGCAGUAUCCCGAGAAUCACCCCCUGAUGGCAAACAGGGCUCUGGCUGUAGGCGACUUCUGAGACACAAAAUGAACCGACACCAGUGCAAGACCCUCAGGGAGCCGCCCAGAUGCCCACUGGACGUGUCUCUUGGUUGGGAGUCGAAAGAGAGUUUUGUGUGUUGGGAAAAGGUUCAGGCGGUACGGGUCCGCCUGCUGUUAAAGGAGUACCUGAGCCUUUAUGGGUAA